AUGGGUCAAUUGCAUGAACUUGAGGAGUUUAGGCUCCAUGCUUAUGAGACUGCGAAGCUAUACAAAGAGAAAACCAAAAGAUGGCAUGACAAACAUAUAGUCCCAUGCACUUUCACACCUGGCAAAAAGGUACUACUCUUUAACUCAAGACUUAAGUUAUUCCCCGGAAAACUAAGAUCGAAAUGGAGUGGUCCCUUCGAAGUGGUGAGGAUGACACAACAUGGUGCCGUGGAACUUAAAGGUAAGAAUAUCCCGUCGUUCUUGGUGAAUUGGCAAAGGGUCAAGCACUACUUUGAUAAAUAUUCAGAUCGUGAUCAGGAAGAUCUUGAGUUGAAUGAUGGCUGA